GGAGAUCAUGCCGCCCCCGGGAAGGAAGGUUGCACGGGGGCGGACCCAAAAGCGUAUAUCCGGAGCUGGAGGUAGUGAGAAGCUCAAGAAGAGCCGGCGGCCUACAGAGCCACCGAAGCUAGGCUGGGCCUUGAGUGAAGAGGGGCUGGCUGCCUUGCUCCCCAUAGACCGCCGCCGCCACCUGCUCUUCGGCGACCUGCUGGACGAUGCAGGCGGGACUGCUUCCAUUUUCCCACAUGACUCGGUGGAGAUACCCUACCGCAUGCCCGACCCGCGCUCCUGGAUACCUGCGUUCCAGCUACCAGCUGACCGGCAGGAUCGGCUUCUGGGCGUCCUCAAGGCCGCCGAGGCCCGCAGCCGAGUCCGCGCUCUGCGGCUGCGCUACACCCGAAUGCGGGCAGAGGAAAUCGCCAUCCUGGUCCAGAGGCAGGGUUCUGCGCGCGAAGCCAUCCGGCUGGAGCUGUUCCUGCCACCCUAUCUGAAGCCCACGAAGAUUCCGGAUCCUCUGGACCGACAAGAGCGGAGGCGUGUUGAGACAAUCCUGGAAGAAGAGGUGGAUGGUAACAUCUUCCCGCGAUGACCCAGACCUUGGCCUACAGGGAUCCCGGGUUACAGCGGCUUCCCACCCUCCCACAUAAAGUUCUCUACAGAGAGUCCUCGGGUCUUUCCCCUUUUCCCUCUGAGCUCUCACGGGGGAGGGCAAUGCUGUCUCUCCUGUAGCCACAUUGACAGACUUCGGGACUCUCCGAAGUAAGGAGAUGUCGGUGGGUGGACACUCCUAUCUUCCAACCGCCUGCCCCCAUCAGGCAACCGGUGCCCUUCAGGGCCAUAGAGAUGGAAGGCUACUAGUGCGGAAAAGGAUAGGGACAAGUCUGCCUAGACACCAGCAUCUCCAGAAAU